ACCGCACCAUUUCCAUGUUCUCACUCAUCAACUCCACUGCCGGCUAAACCUAACUUAAAUUCUUAAUUUCUCAUUACUAUUUCCGAUACUAAAACAAUUCUCUGACAAUUUCUCUUCAUUUCAGAAGAAUAUUAUCAGAUUUUUACUUCAAACGAGGUAUAAACUAUGUGAUUUGCGAAGAAAGAGUGUAGCAGAUAGGAAAAUUGCAGGCGGAGGGAGAUAUGAGGUGUAGUUGUUUUGGUUCAAGAGAGAGUACUACUGCUAGGGAUUAUCACGACGAGGAUUUGCUUCGCGAUAUUAAUCAUUUCUCAUAUAAUGAAUUAAGAUCAGCAACAAACAACUUUGGUUCCACCAAUAAGAUUGGACGAGGAGGAUUUGGAACCGUGUACAAGGGAACCUUGAAAAAGGGCAGACAAGUAGCUGUGAAGACACUUUCUGCGCAAUCAAAGCAAGGAAUGCGAGAAUUUUUAAACGAGAUCAAUACUUUAUCUCAAGUUAGGCAUCCAAACCUUGUUGAGUUGAAAGGCUGCUGUGCUCUUGGAGCUAAUCGAAUCUUAGUGUAUGAAUAUGUAGAAAAUAGUAGUCUUGAUCGUGCAUUGCUAGGUUCUCAGAAUGCAGAUAGAAUGAUACUGGACUGGAGAAAAAGAUCUGCAAUUUGCUUGGGUAUUGCCAAGGGCCUUGCUUUUCUUCAUGAAGAACUAGUGCCGCAUAUUGUGCAUAGAGACAUCAAAGCUAGUAAUAUACUUCUUGAUAAAGACUAUAUACCAAAGAUUGGAGAUUUUGGGUUGGCAAAACUUUUUCCAGAUAAUAUCACUCAUAUUAGCACAAGAGUAGCUGGAACGACUGGAUACUUGGCGCCCGAGUAUGCUAUGGGAGGCCCCUUAACAAUGAAGGCUGAUGUGUAUAGUUUCGGAAUUCUCAUCCUUGAAAUAGUUAGUGGCAGAAGCAGCGGAAAGCCUUGGGGAGUAUCACAGAAGCUCCUCCUAGAAUGGGCAUGGGAGCUCUACGAAGGAGGGAAUCUUUUAGAGUUAGUUGAUCUACAACUAGGAGAAUUUCCAGAGGAAGAAGUAAUUAAACACGCGAAAAUAGCACUAUUCUGCACCCAAGAAGUAGGUAGCCGGAGGCCGCUUAUGAGCCAGGUUGUUGAGAUGCUCACAAAGAAUAUCCGUCUAAACGAGAAGCUUCUUUCAGCUCCAGGUUUCUUUCAAGAUUUACCUGGUCUCAGCGGGGGACCGUCCUUGACGAAAAAACCAUCUGAUGAUUCUAGCAGCCACCAAAUGAGCUCUGUUCCUGUAACAAUCACUGAGGUGGCACCUAGAUGAACAUCAACCAUUUGUUGCUGACAUUGUCUAGAAUGAGAUUAAUUAGUUAGUAGGCUUAUUCAUGUAUGUAAUCUUUUCCAUAUAUUUGGGGGAAUAUUGAGAAGAGUCUUAUAGAAGUGGUGAGUUUAUAUUGUUGUUUAAGAUGGGGGAAUAGUGUAGGGGUGUAAUUGGGUCGAGUCAUUCGUUAGUUAAUCAAAAUUGACUCGAAAAAUAUUUGAAACUGACUCGACUCAUGUUGAGUCGAGUUUGAGUUCGAGCUAAUCAAGUUAAAUUAUUGAGUCGAGUUUGAACUCUAAAAUACUUGGCUCGUUGAGCUCGCGAGCCUAGACGAGUUUUAGUUAAUUUAUACUUUUACCUUUUAUGUUUGUAUAUAUUUACAAUAAUACCUCUAAUUUACAUUAAAUUUUAAUUUUAAA